AUGGCUUCGAACCGUGCCCGCCGCAUUGCCAAAGAGAUUGCGGAUAUCCAUGCGGAUCCCCAUUCACAAGUGACUGCCGAGCCGGUUGGCGGUGGUGAUGACCUCACCCAUCUGCGAGGCUCGUUUCGCGGUCCUCCUGGGACUCCCUACGAGGGUGGUACCUAUUAUGUUGACAUCAGGAUACCCAACGAAUAUCCUUUCCGGCCGCCCAUCAUGAAGUUCGAGACCAAAGUCUGGCAUCCCAAUGUCAGCAGCCAAACGGGUGCUAUUUGCCUUGACACACUCUCUACGGCGUGGUCGCCUGUUCUCACGAUCAAAUCCGCUCUCCUCUCGUUACAGUCUCUGCUGAGCACGCCGGAGCCCAAGGACCCUCAGGAUGCAGAGGUGGCCAAUAUGCUUCUCCGGAAGCCCAAGGAGUUCGAGCGUGUUGCCCGGGAGUGGGCCAUCGUCUUCGCUGGUGCACCCAACAACCAGGUCGGGGAGGGCAGCGGUGGUGCCACUGAAGAAUCUAUUCGGGAGCAGGAACGCAAGGCGAAGGAAGACGAGGAGCGUGAUUCUCUGGCUGCGUACGAUGGAUACAAUAAGGAUCUCGUUGACCGCUUUUGUAGUAUGGGCUUCGAUGUGGACCGUGUCGUGGCCGCUUUCAAGUACGUUGGAAUCGACCGCAUGGGAGGCCAAGAUUACGAGUUGGAGGAGGCAUAUAUGGGCGAUAUCACUGCCCGGCUUUUAGGAGAAGCAUGA